AUGUCUGAUUCAAUUGAUGGGCCAAUGCGUUUGAUUAUGGUGCCUUGCCAUGGUAUCUGGAACCCUCUACAUAGAUCUAAAGAUGGGAAGACCAAUUUAGGGCAAGAUCAAAGCCAAUGGUACCUAGCACCUUUCCAAAUUGAAGGUUAUGACCAUAUUUCUAUGAUAAAGCAUGGUCUUGCAGCUAUUAAUGAGCUUUUAAACCAUCUUGCUCAAGAGAAGUCGGUUGUCAUUUUCAGUGGUUCUCAAACUAAAAGUGCAGCUGGAUGCUUGUCAGAAGCACAGAGUUACUAUUUGCUUAUGUGGAAUAUACUGAAGAUAUCUGAAGAUGAACUACGUUUAUUGUUUAGGGGGGAUAAUGAAUUGUUGGCAUUUAUAAAUGAAAUACAUGAGGGAUUACUUAAAAACAAAAUUUCAGUCGAUUCUUUAUUUGAAGGUAAAUAUAUUACAACAGAAGAGUUUGCAUUGGAUUCCUUCGAUAAUCUUUUAUAUUCCAUUUAUAGAUUUAAACAAUUUAUUGGAUAUUUCCCAAGUUAUAUCACUAUCGUCGGAUUUGGAUUCAAAGAAGAUAGAUUUAGAAAAUUUCAUGCUAAGGCAAUUGAUUUCGAUUCUAAUAAGCUGAAAUACAUAUCUAUUGAUCCAAAUCCAUUAUAUGAAAGUUAUUUGAAUGGUGAUACUAACUUUAAGGACACUGAGAUUUAUCAGAAAUAUAUGCUAGAUCUGAAUAAAAAUGAAUUUUCCAAUGCAGUAAAUUUAUUCGAAAAGGAUUGGUAUGGUAACAGAAAUGUUCUAUUGUCAAAGAAAAUAACCCGUAACUGCCAGAACAGAUAUCCUGCUUAUGAUGAUGUUAAAAUACUACAGUUUAAUGAAAAAUUGUCAGAUAUAGAGUAUUUUGAACAAUAUGUUGAAGGUAAAAUGCCUUGGUCAUUAAAACAUUAA